AUGGUCUACUAUGGGUUUAUAUUUCUCUGUUUGGUAAUCACUGCAAACGCCCGGGCAGCAGUGAGUCCCAAGUCUUUGAACUCUGAUAUUUCUAUUCUCAUCCACAAUGACCUGCUAGAAAGCGAAAGUCCUUUGUCAGGCUCAGGAAUCCUGGUGCUCGAUGCGAGACCAUGGCAAGAAGCCACUGAAAGCUGUCAAAAGAUCGGAGAGACGCUUUGGGGCACUGAUGCCAGUUACAAAAAUAUUCGAAGUGACUUGAACUACCUUGUAUUUCAAGGCAAAUACACUCGCAACCAACGUUUUUGGACUGCCUCAGACCAUCGCAAACCGUCGACCAUCGACACAAAUGGUCGGGCCAACAAAGCCUCUGCGAACGAAAAACUACCCGUGCUUUGUACACAAAAUGCUCCCUUAUCCAACAGUACAUUCCAGGAUACAAGUGCUCAGUGGCAGGUGACUGUCCACUCCAACGAUGAAUAUCUCACUGGAUUCCGAGAUCGAUUCAGUUUCCGCUUUCUGGGGAUUCGCUAUGCUAAGCAGCCACGACGAUGGGAAUAUUCCCAAGUAUAUAAAGGGACUGGCAAAAAGGCUGCUGCUCUAGACUAUGGAUCUGACUGCAUACAAGGAACUACAGGUUCAGAGGACUGCUUGUUCCUCAAUGUUUGGACUCCCUAUCUUCCCAAGAGCAAAAAAUCCCAAAAGAACCAUCUCAAACCUGUGAUGCUUUGGAUUCACGGUGGAGCGUUUACAGGCGGCACUGGCAGUGACCCAACGUUCGACGGCGGCAAUCUAGCCUCGAGAGGUGAUGUUGUGGUCGUCACAAUGAAUUACCGUCUGGGAACAUUGGGAUUCCUCGCACUAGAUGAUGGCAAAACCAACGGGAACUACGGAUUAGCAGACCAGACCACGGCGCUGGAGUGGGUUCGUCGGAACAUUCAGGACUUCGGCGGCGAUCCGGACAGGGUAACCAUCUUCGGCCAGUCGGCCGGUGCAGCUUCAGUACGGGCACUACUUGCUUCCCCUCCAGCACGAGGUAAUUUUGCUGGUGCAAUUAUGCAGAGCAAUCUUGGUGGCUUGGCUUAUGGCACAACCUACUCGAAGUACUAUACCAUCGCGCAGGAGAUGGACGUUGUGGGGAAUGCCAUUCUCAACGAGACGAACUGCACAGAUGCUGCUUCACCAGUCGAGUGUUUGAGACAACUCCCCGCAUCGAUGAUUGCAAAUCUCGCUGACUCGGCGCGGUAUAUGGUUGUCGAUGGCGUCUACCUCCGAAGCUCGGAACUGGAUUUAACAAACCCAGCAUCGACUGUCAAUGUGCCUUUGAUGAUCGGUACGAUGAGAGACGAUGGCGCUGCUAUGAUCGGCUAUCCUGCAGUGGGAGAAACUCUGAAGUCCUUCCUCAACGAAUCCGGCCUGCCUGACUCAGUUGCACCAAGCCAACUCUUCCCUGUACCAUCAACCGCCAACGCUACACUCGAUAUCUUCAAUACCUCCUCCCGCAUAGCCACGGAUGGAAUUUUCCGCUGCAUCGACGAAGCAACUGCGCAUACAGGUUCAAGGACACAUUUAUUCCCCGAUAUCUUCUACUACGAGUUCAACCGUUCAUACCAAAUGCCCGGCUGGUCACCCAAUGCCCCCGUGUGCAAUGCUCCCAUUACAUAUGAGUUCCCAAAUGGCGAUCCCAGCCAGGAGUACUUUAAAUGCCACUCUGGUGAGCUGUUCUACGUGUUUGGAAGUUUCCGUCGUCAGGAUUUGCCGUUCCGGGAUGAGUUCGAUCUACCUUUUGCGCAGUAUGUGCUGGAUUCUUGGGCGAGUUUUGCGAGGAUGGCUAGACCUACUCCUGACUUGGCCUUUUUGAAGGCAAGAGGAUAUGACAAUACAACCCGGCAGAUUGAGGCAACUGGGCCGUGGGAGCCGUUUGGCAAAGAAAGACAGCUUCGGCUGCUUCAGUGGCCAUCCGGGAUGAGGGAAUUGGAUGAAUUGGAACAAUGCCGUGCGUUGAAAUUAUCUUUGGAUUACUUCGACUCCUAG